AGAGAUUACUGAGCUUCUCGAGGAAACUUGAAACUUUCAGGUGUAGAAAUGGUUGGCGUGAAACCCAAAGACGCGGUGCCCUCUGCGGCGGUUAAGUUCUUCGGAGCGGGCUUGGCGGCCUGCAUUGCUGACCUCAUAACCUUUCCACUGGAUACCGCCAAAGUCAGACUCCAGAUUCAGGGAGAGUGUGCGGCAGCUGAAGGGGCCAAUGCAGUGAAGUAUCGAGGCGUGUACGGCACCAUCACCACCAUGGUGAGGACCGAGGGGCCCAGGAGUCUCUACAACGGCCUGGUGGCAGGACUCCAGAGGCAGAUGAGCUUCGCCUCGGUCCGAAUCGGUCUUUACGACUCCAUGAAGCAAUUCUACACUCGAGGCACUGAGAGUUCUGGGGUCGUGACUCGGCUGAUGGCGGGCUGCACCACAGGAGCCAUGGCUGUGGCUUUUGCACAACCGACAGAUGUGGUGAAGGUCCGUUUCCAAGCCCAGGUCCGCCUGGCCGACGGCGGGAGGAGAUACAACAGCACCCUGGACGCCUACAAGACGAUCGCUCGAGACGAGGGAGUACGAGGCCUCUGGAAAGGUUGUAUGCCCAACAUCACCCGUAAUGCCAUUGUGAACUGUGCAGAGCUGGUGACCUACGACAUGAUCAAAGAACUCAUCCUGAAGUACGACCUCAUGACAGACAACCUGCCGUGCCACCUCACUGCUGCCUUCGGUGCAGGUUUCUGUGCAACAGUUGUGGCUUCUCCUGUGGACGUGGUUAAAACACGCUUCAUGAACUCAGCAGAUGGCCAGUACAGGAACGCCAUCAACUGUGCCAUCACCAUGCUGAGAAAAGAAGGAACGGGUGCUUUCUAUAAAGGGUUCAUGCCUUCUUUCCUGCGACUGGGGUCGUGGAACAUCGUGAUGUUUGUGACGUAUGAGCAGCUUAAAAGAAGUAUGACCAGGGCACAGCAGUGCUGGGAGUCGCCCAUUUGACCUCAGACUGCUUCUUCAGACAGGACUGAAUGGACUCAGCGGUCACACUGGUGACUCAGGGUUGGAAAAAGAUGCUAUAAAGACUUGUUGCCGGAAGCGGCAGUUUUUCAACU